AUGGCUACCGUCCAUCACUCUCCCAUCCCGCCCAUCGUGCACUCUUUCCCGUCCGUUGACAAACUUGUCGACUCAUUCGCAGAGUUCAUCAUCAAGGCUCAGAGGGAAUCCAUUGACAAGAAGGGGAGAUUUACCAUCGCCUUGUCCGGUGGAUCUCUACCAAACGUAUUGAAAGGGCUAAUUGGACAUCCAGGUGUGAAAUGGGACAAAUGGCAGGUCUUUUAUGCAGACGAGCGCGUCGUUCCUCUCGACGAUCCUGAUUCAAAUCAUCUCGCGUGCAUGAAAACACUGUUCUCGAAGGUCCCCAUUCCUGCCAGCCACAUCCAUACUAUCGACACUUCUCUUCUCGACGACCUCGAGGAGCUUUCUGACGCGUAUGAGAAGGAGCUCAUCAAGGAAUUUGCCCACGGAGACUCCGCCCGUUUCCCUGUAUUUGACCUCAUUCUUCUUGGUGUGGGUCCAGAUGGACAUACAGUUUCGUUGUUCCUCGGCCACGAGCUGCUGGCAGAAGAGGAUCGCUGGGUGGCAUAUCUAGAAGACUCACCAAAACCGCCUGCCAAACGAAUCACAUUCACCUACCCCGUCAUCAAUCAUGCCGCAAGGGUUGCUUUCUUUGCUGCCGGAGAAGGCAAGGUUGAUAUCCUGAGCAGCGUCCUGGACAAGCCGGAGGAAGGUUUGCCAGCUUCGCGUGUCAAACCGGUAUACCCGGGGCAUCUAUACUGGUUCGUCGACGAGCUGGCGGCGGCCAAAGUGGAGUAUCCAAAAACCGCUUUUAAAUUAUAG